CUUGUGUCGCCUGCAGCUUCUGGACCCAAGGCCAAAGUCAAGUCUUGGUAAUCCAGACCCGGCCUCUUGAUUAUGUCACCAAAUUAUAUAAAUAUAGGUUGAUGUUCAUGGUUCAGAUGUCCACGCAGAAGGUUUCAGGGUAUUUUCAGAACUAUACGGACCAUCUUAAGGAGAAUUAGAGACAUCUUUUUGGAAGGAUGCCUAACUCAAAGAAACUUGAUGUAAGAAACAUCCAAAGUUAUAUAAGAAAAUAUGUUCCCAUUGUGUAAGUGCUACCAGGGCAGCAUUUUCUGCUGAGACACUGGGGAGAAAGAAUAUCGACACGAAUCUAGGAUUUAGAGUGUAUUAAGAGCUGGAGAGGGGCUUGUAAACCCCAAUCAAAUUCCUUAAUAUUUAGAUGAGGAAACUGAGGGUCUGAGAGGUCAGGAUUUGCCAAGAAUCACAGCCCGGCUGGCUUCAAAUCUGAAACCCUUUUGAGCACCCACAUUCACCCAGAUUGAGAGUUUAGAGCAGCAGAGGGGUUUGGGCAGUGCAGCAGUCUGUGAAGGGAAGCUGGGAACCACACACUUGCUGGCCACACUCACAACUUGUUUCUCUUAAACCACCUGAUCCUAAACGCUAAUGCAAAGUGCCUAACACGGGGCUGGACACUCUGUGGACAUUCAGCAUGUGGGAGCAGAUUUUCUGUCAGCCAAAAUAUUGAUUUAGUGUUACUCAGUCUCUCGUUUUUAUGUUCAUAAGCCACUAAUGUGGUUUUCUCUCCCAUUUCCUUUAUGUCUCCUCCUGAUCCAUGGGUUUCCCCUCCCUCCCUUCCUUUUUCUCUUUCCCCGGUGAGAAUGUGGUUGAGAUGCAAUUCUUACGUCCUAUCACUCACCCUCUGCAUGAUGUGGCCGUGUCCAGAACAUUCACAGAAUUGUGCGGCUGUGAUGGCGUCUCCUUCAGAACAGUUCUCCCCCACCCCCAGUCCCCACACACACACCUAGUGGUCACUCUCGAUCCUCAGCUUCCCCACAGCCCUUUGGCAGCUACCAAUCUAUUUUCAAUCCUUAUUUAUUUGCCUCUUAUGAACAAUUCAUAUACGUGAAGUCAUAUGAUAUGUGGUCUCCUGGUAUUUUGUGACUGGCAUUUUGGGUAAUGUUUUCAAGGUUCACUGGUGUUGUGGUGUUUAUCAAACACUCCUUUUCAUGGCUGAAUAGUAUUCUGUUAUGUGGCUAUGCCACAUUCUGCUUAUCUAUUAUCAAUUUGUGGGUGGUUUCCACUUUCGGCCAUUGUGAAUAAUGCUCCUGGCUCCUCUCUUUUAAUACUAAGCAAUUGCUAUUUUUGUGGGAGCUCCUGCCCUCUCGUGCUUCUCCUAAUCUUACCAACUGGGCCCUAAGUUUUACAGUGUAGCAACCAGAGACUGAUCGUUCUGGGCAAUGCCUCUUCCUUAGGAGAUGCAGGACAUCUGGCCUAACACCUGACGUUACCUGUCAAUGGUAAUGUGGUGUAAAACGUCCUGAGAUGUCUCUGCUUCUUUCUGGCCCUCUUUCUUACCUGUUCUUGAAGGCUCUUCAGAACUCCAUGUGAACACCAAUUUCCGUGUUCAUCUCUGAGGAAACUUAGCCCCAAGCUUCCCCAGAUCAAUAUUUACAAUUCCCAGACAGAGGAAAAUUGAGCAUCACUCAAAAACAAUGAAAUGAACAUCAAAGAAAUUAACAUAGCUUACCAGAGACAAAGCCUGAACACAGCCUGUUCUGCUGACAGUGAGGCCAUGCACUUUCGAGUAGAGAGCGGGUAGGGGAAAUGAGUUGAAAUUUCCUCUUAAAAUCAUUUCUUUGCCAGUGGUAAAAGAGGACAUAAUUAAAAUUGGGUAUUUCUGAUUAAAUAGUAUGAGGGCCUAUAUAAAACCGAUGUCAUGAUAUGAAUGCUAUAUAAAUAUAUAUCGGCAAGCAAAAUGUUCUUUUGUGUGUGCAAAGCAAAAUAAAGCUGAGCAAACUGAGUAAACCUUAUCAACUCUGAAUGACUCGAAUUUAAAGUCAUUCUGAUAGAGGCCAGGUUAAAGAUUACCUUCUAAGAUUCUAAAGACGGCUUUGCUGAGCAAACUGACACCAUCAACAGGAUCUCUGGAGACUGCUGGAACUGCUCAGCAACGCAAGUGGUUCUUAAGCACAUCAAACAGGGCAGGGAUGAUAGAUACAGAUACGAAUACCGUCUCUGGCCAUAAAACAAGUAAUCAAUAUGGAGCUUGCAAAAUAGAGUUCUGAAUCAUUCUGAUCUGUUUACUUCUGCUCUCCCUGAAGAAUUUUAUUAAGUCACCCUCUCCCAGCCUCGUUCUUAGCUGGCUUUGAAAGUUCAUAAAAUAUCUUUUUUUUAAUUGGAAAAUAAUUUGAACGUUCACUCAUUCAGCCAGGCCUUUGCAGGCAUCAGUCCAAAUUACCAUGGUACAAACUAUUCUGGUCAUGAUAUAGAGAUUUCCAAACCAUUGAAUUCUGCUGGUAGAGGAUUUAACAUUUUAAAUUAGACAGUAAUGCAGACAAAUAUGGGCAUUGAGAUAAUAGAGCAAAACACUUAAGUCUAGACACACUGCACAAAGUGCAGCCCUGCCCUUAAAAUGCUCUUGGGGUAAAUACCAAGAGGCUGUAACAAAAUGUCUCUGUGAUUUAGGGUAAGGUUAUCGGUCAGAGGAGAGAAAAAGGGCAAGAGCCCACAGAAUCUCAGUUAAUCCCCUGACAAGCGCCACCCCAGCACAGGAACCUCAGGGCCAGGGUGACCAAUUCAUUUGUCCAAUGUUGUAAUGGUAGCAAACGUCACAGGCCCUGCACAAGGAAAGAGAUGAGUUCUCAGAAAAAAUAAUCCACUGCCAAGAGGGGCUGUCACUGUGGGGACAAGCAGUGUCUUGCUAAUGUAGGCUGUCAUCUGGUCUGCGGCAUCGAGCCCCACAUAAGGCCAAUGCCACAGAAGGGGGUGACUGGGUGUCCCCAGAGACAGGCUGUGACUUGUGCCCAGUGACUUUGCCCCAGAUGCUGGGUUCACAGUUGUUGCCACCAAGUGGACCAAAGAGAGAGGGUUAAGUCUAGGGAAGGGGCAAUCGGAGUGGACAUCAGGCAGGUAGGAGGUGGUGCAGGUAUGUACCAGCGGACAUACACAGGGGAACCUCGGGUCCCCCCCGGUCCAGGCAGCUUUUCUCCCUAGGCCAGUGGUGGACACUGCCCAGGGACAAUGGUGGUGUCCAGAGUCACCGCUGGUCAUUUCAGCGGGGUGACGCUAUUGGUGGCAGUCAGAAGUGCUGCUUCAAUGCCCGAGACAGCCCGAGCAGUGGGGAAUCGCCAGCCCACAUCAUCAGCAGGCCAGUAGCCGUGACCAUAUCUGCCACUACAACCAACGAUAUUCCUGAGGACACCGGCAGCGUCAUCACGAGAGCCCUGUGUCUGGGCACCGUGGUCACCACGCCACAUGCUCCCCAUGUGGCAGCUCUUGCCAAGGUUGCACCAACCAGCCUACAAGAAAUUAUUCAGCACUUACUCCUGGGUUCUCCUUUAAUCUUCCCAACAACUCCAAUUGUAGGACACGUUAUUUCUAGCUCACAAAUGAGGAAACCCGGGCUCAGAAAGGACUGGCUUGUCUAAGGCCACAGUGGGGCAAGACCAUCUAGAGUGGUCUCACUUUCUACCUGCCACAGCUCUCCCUAAGCUUUCGUGGCUGUCCCUCACCGUAGCCAUGAGCAACCCGGCAUCCUAGCGAUAGAUUUGGAAUCUACUUCCCUCGAAAGGCGAUCUGGCUAGUGCCCCGUGGAGACUCGAAAGAAUGGGGAUUUUGGACCUCCAGGCUGAGAAGCCAGGACCUGAACCCCAGGAACAGCAGCAAACUGACCUCUAGGUCUUUCACGAAUUUGCCCUCCCGUGACAUCACCCCAUGACCAGAAGCAAUUAACAGAGCAAAAUGACACACAAACAACUGCAGCAAAGUAUGAAAGCCAUUUUUAAACAUAUUACCAGGUAUGAGUUUGACAUUUUUGCACAUAGCAACCGUACAGAAAAACUUUCACUUGCAGCUUAAAGCUCCUCUGAAAAAUGCCCAUGAGAUCUUCAGAUAUUCUCUAGAAUAGGUGUCGAUAGCUACUACGUCUCCAGCAUUUGUACUGACAAUCAGGCUCAGCAGUGUCCCACCAAACAAAGAUGAGCGUUGUGAUACUGCUGACAACGCAGGCUUCCUUGAAGCGCCUUCCCUCCACCAACUCUGCUAGCUUCACUUCCGCAGCCGGCCCACUUUGCACCCCAUUCCCAAGCAGCCCAACUAUCCCUGCAUUAGCAAAAGAAGCAGCAAGCUAAUGGGUUUCCAAGCUGCCAGUGCCCUGCGUUCAUCACCAAGGCCCAGUGAGCUGCUCCCACCCCAACGAAGGCUCCUUUGCGUCCAAGCAAAGUUCCCGAAGUCCUUUGUCUCCAUUUAUUUAGUAAUUAGAAAAUUACCUCUAAAUUCAUCUUUCAAAAACAACUAAAGUCCAGUCUAAUUGCUGAAGGGCAGCCUUGCCUAGAACGUCCUGACAGAUCGCUGGAAAGAAGCCAGAGAACAUUCUUAGGAAGAAAGCAGCCCGAUGGUACUAAAGUAAACUGAAGGACCAAGGUGCACAGGUACACAUUAACCGCAGAGGGCACAAGGCUCUCCCUCUCCACAUGUGCGCCGCAGAAGUCCUGGAACACUCAAUGUCAGAAUACACUUGACACUGGAUUCUUAAAUCCAAUCACUAGGCCAAGGCAAGCCAGGCAGAGGUCAAGGUGAGUCAGCAGAAAACUAGACAGACAGAACUCUCCCGGGACAUUAUCCUGUGAACAGGAUGUCAGACAAAAGAGACCCCAAAGCUUGGGAGGAGUGUGAUGGACUUCCUGUCGGGGAAGGGGGACGGCUGGGAGGCGAUUCCACUGGAGAAGGCGCAGCUUUGAAGGGAAGGAGGAAAUAACUUUCUCCACCGGAAGUGAGCUUGCGUGUGGAGUUUGUGAAAUUCAAGGGAGGCUGGGGAGGUGGUUGGGUCAGUGGAGAGGGAAAAGAAGGAGGAAGGGAGUCAUAGAAGUAUCAGCAGGAUCUGGGUCACAGAGACAUUGUGCCGUCGACAUCUUGGCCUCCUUUCAGAUAACUUUAAGGGCCAACAAACCCAAGGCUAGUUUCCUUUUGUGUCAGCCCAGGCCAUUUAAAAUGACAACGACCACUAAGCAGGUCCCCGGCGCCACACACAAGGCCCUGAGAAGAGUCUGGCACAAGGACAUCCAAGUCACUCUGGCAGACGGAGGAGAAGCGUGGUUGGCUGGUGCCCUUCCCGGUAGUGAGGACAUCCAGGCAGCCCCUUAGAUAACUGGGGCAGACAGUGCUUGCCUCCCUCGGUGGAGUCCUGGUCUUGCUCAGAGGCGCUCAUGCCAGCCCCAUACCCGGGGGGCCAUGCAGCCUGCCCCUUGGGAGCAGAGACAUGACGUCAAAGGUGCCACCCUAGGCUCCCUGGCGGUGCAAUGAGCCAGGAGACAAGCGAAGGAAAGCAAAGAGUUUUCUAAAAUGCGGGUGUCCAGCUUUUUGGCUUUGUCUGGGCCACACCGAGUGGAGAAAUCGUCUUGGGCUGCACAUAAAAUGCACAAUACAUUAAUGUGCAUAAGUAAGAAAAUGUCCUUUUCUAUUUUACGGUUUAUAACAUUACAGAAUCCAGGGCCGCUGGCCUUCGGGGGUGAAGUGUGGCCCAGGCUGUCACCACUCCACACCGCACGGCUUCCGCGGAACCUGAAGCGGAGCAGCGCCUCGCUGUGGUCUCUUGCCCAGUGCCCAGCACCGGUUCCCUCUCUUCUCCAACCUCACAGGGGCUCCCAGGACAGGAAAGAGCAGCUCCCGGGAAGCUGCAGUACCCCUCAGGUACAACACAGACGGCUCUUCCUCACUGUUGGAGAAGGUCCCGGGAGCCCCCUCCUUCCUUCCCUGACCUCGGUGUCCCCAUGGCAACAGCUGGAGGUGAGCUCAGACUGCCCAGGCCCUGGCAGAGAGCUCACUGCCCCACACCUCCCUCUAAGCACGGUUUCCUUUGCGUUCCCAUGUACACGCUGUCAGGAAGUGAGGAGACCCCGGCGCCCUUCCCCUGUGAGGCCGUCCUGCCCGCCCUCCUUCUGGCAAGUCUGGAAGCUGCAGAGGUCCCCGGGGAGAAGAAUGUCCAGGACAGAGCAUGGCCUGGCUUCUCCCUCUUCCCUGCGUCUUCUUUCUGGAACCUCUCCAGAUAAGCCAUCCAGGCCAAGCCCCCAGCUGUGCUUCUGGGGAAUCCAAACCAAGAUAGCACCCACAGCCGCUCCGGGCCCACUCGGAUGGACGCCCCCAACCCGGGGAGCGUGGGGCCGAGCUGCCAGUUGCUUCACAGCCCGGCUGGGGUGGGCACAGGUAGCGGAGUCCCCAGCCGGGGCUGCUGAGGAGUGUCCAAAGUGCAGAGAAAAGCGGUCUCCCCAGACGCACACCGGCUUGCAGAUGGGCAGCACACAAGCUCGUGAAUGCAGCAGAAUGUGGCAUCUGAAGUCCUUUCGGGGCCAAAGUCCUGGUUACACUGCCUGCUUCCCAGGCUCCAAACCUGAACGAGCUAUCUUGGCCCCCAUGUCACGGACAGGUAAGGUGAGGCAGUCCGUGUACCAGCAUCACCUUGCUAGGCCUCGCAACACUACACAAGUAUCAGUGAUUAGCAUUUCCAGAGCUCUUGCUUGAGAAAAGCAAUGUCUUACUAGAUUUAAAAAGUGUUAGGGAGGGCAGGAGUAAGGGGAAAAAAUGAGAAUCAAGACUUGUCAUGUAGAGGUACAAGAU